AUGGCCGAGCCCAUCAUGACCCUCCAGGAAGCUGCCUCCAGCAUCGCGAAGCUCAACCUGCGUACGCGCGUCUGCAUCAUGCUCGGAGCGAUAGCCGUCACGACGACCCUCUGGUUGCUACCCCGCCCCCUCGUCGACGCAGGGUCGGCGCUGCAGCUCUUGGCGCUCUUCCUCUAUGUGGGUUUUAGCGGGGUCCCGACGACCCAAGAAACACUGGUUUCCGAUUUCAAAGACAUCCAACUCGAAAGCGACUUGGCCGACAACGACGAGCUACUGCUGUUGGCGCGCGAGAACCAAGUUUGCGAUCUCCAAGCCCAAGUCGACGACCUUCAAGAUCUCAUAUUCGAGCUCGACCAGCAGCUGGAGACGAGUGAAGCGUACACGCGAAGCCUCGAGUCGGACGUCGUCGGGAGCCGCAAAGAAGUGCCCGAGGUGACCUACCGCCGCUGCGACCGUCGCACCUCCGUGUAUAUCGCCGACAUGGCCGGGCCUCGUCCACCUUUGCAAGUGUAACCCUGGACAGCAAACUGUAGGUAGGAAAAGGACAAUGUAGACACACAAAUGAACGAUACUUAAUUGAGAAAAUGCAAAACUUAAGUAUGACCCAAA